UCUCUGUCAGUCGACCCGUGGCACCUGGGUCUGCUCCGUGACCUCCUGCCAGCGGGCGUUCGACACUUCACGUGGCCUCAAGGUGCUUGCGUCUGCAUGCGAGAUGUUGCAAGUCCUCAGCUCCAGCCAUGCUGGUGCAUUGGCAUUUAGCAACAAUGGAAGCCUCGCGGCCUUAGCCAGCCUGCUGGGACGCACUCACAACCCUCAAGCCCUGGAGAAGAUCACCAGCACGCUGUGGAACCUGUCGUGCCACGAGUCUCUGAGGGCUGCGCUGGUGGAGCUUUGCCUCCCGGCGCUGGUGGAGCACGUGCUGGUGCCAGAGAGCGGCUGGAGGAGCAACUUUGGAGACUCGCCCGCCUCAACCUCCCCACCCGGCUCGUCCGCCUCGCCUUCCGCGGCGUUCUGCAACGCCUUGACGUGCCUACGGGAGUUGAGCUCGGCAGAUCCGGACGGACGGCUGAGCACGUGGAAGGGCGAGGGGCUGGUGGACUGCGUGCUGCGCUUCGUCCGCUCGGCACUGAGAGGACGCAACAUCGAGACCAAG